UCUGUUUUGUUUCACGAAAUUUUGUUUUCAUAUUUUGAUCUUCUUUUCCUUUCGCGUGAGUUUCGCGUAAUACUGUUUUAAAGCAGUUUUAUUUUACCUUAAGUUUCGCUAUGGUGGUAAAACGAUGCCCAAACUGCGAUCAGACGCUCCCUGUGGCAUGCAAAUCAUGUCCAUGUGGCCACAUUUUUAUCAGCCGAAAACUGCAUCAAGCUCAAGUCAAAAAAGAAGGAGAGAAUGUGAAUGUUCUAGAACGUGACAAAAGACUCCGUCCUGAGAGGCCUAAGAAGGAAAAUCCAGAUUUUGAUUAUGAAUUCCCUGAAAAUCUUGUUUGGGUCAACAAAGACCAGAUGCCUCUUCCUUUAACUCAGAAAGAUACUGUCAGAAUUGAGAAAUUACAAGAGAAACAGAUAUCACAGAUAUCACAGCUUCCUCAAACUAUUGAUGGUGUGGUUCUUCCCAAAAAGAGAGGUCGGCCAAAAGGAUCAAAGAACAAAGUUAAGACUGACUCUGUUACAGGGGAAGUUAUUCAUCCACAACCACAGCCAGUUCAGCUUGACGAAGAUGGCAUGCCAAUAAAACGAAAGAGAGGUCGUCCAAAAGGCUCCAAAAAUAAGCCAAAACCACAAUCCCUUUUAUCCCCAAACAAGUCAGUUAAGAAUGGAAAUGAUGAUGGUGAAGAUCAGACAUCCAGUGGAUCUGAUAACAAAGAACCUGUGGACGUCAUGCCACAGAUUUCUCGUGAAAAGGCUGAGAUGUACUCCCUAAUUUUGAGUGACAUCAACCAAAAAAUGAUGUCACAGUCAUGCAUGAAGUAUGUGUAAUAUAGAGAUGGAUGUUGUGGUUGAAAUGAUUUCAAUAUCAAAAUUAUUUCAAUUUAGGUGAGAGAGUAGGAGAAGUUAUGAGUGCAUGGAGUGCAAAGUAAAUGAUUUGGUAUAAUUCCCUCUUAAUUGUCUAAUGCACAAUUUGGCUGCUAAAUGCACAUUAUUGGUUGUAUCAGUAACAAAUUUUGCAGAGAAAAGUUUGAAGAACCCUGCUCAUUAGUAACAUUUUAGGAUGUGGUUUCUUUGAUUUCUUUUGCUGAUACCAGAAAAACAGGAAAAAAAACUUCUAACUCACAGGUAGUUGUAUUUGAUGAUUGAAUGUGUCAUUACACAUUAAUAACAUGAUAUUCAGACAUGCAGUUGACCAAUGAAAGCCAUUUAUUCUAGAUAUGAUCAUGAGUAUAACUUAUAAAUGAAAGAUAUUGCUUGUUCCAGAUCAGUUACCUUAAUCAUAAUCAUCACUAAAGGGUAAAAGUGGAAUAUGUCAGUCAGUGAAAAUGAAAUCAUUUUGACCACAAAUUCAUUUUGCAGUACAGCAAGCAUGUGAAGUCUCGCUACCAGCAGUAUAGUAUUUAUUAUUAAAAUUAAAUUUAGGUAUGAAAUAAGCUUACAUUGGCACAGUUCAAGCUUAUAUGUAUAUAGUUUUUGCUUUACAAAUGAGGCUAGAUUCAAGUUCGAACUAUAAAUCAGUUGAUGGACGAAGAUGGUCUUGUGGACUGCAGAUAUGAUCAACGAUUCCUCAUUUUUGUGAAUCAAACUGAUCCAAGAUUGAAACAACUUCAUAAUUUUGUCAGUUUACAACAAAACAAAAUGUGUGUUGGUAAAUAUUUAGUGGAGAUUGUAUAUGAAGGCAGGUCCUUCACAUUUUGCUUUGAAAUCUUCCAACUGAACAAUAGUAAGUACUUAACUGUAAGUCAAAGGUGCUAUUGUCAAUUAAUUGCUUUUAUUAAUGAUAUAAAUUGUGGUAAUUUUUAUGAUCUUUGUAUUUAGAUACAAUCAGCAAAUGAAUGUAUUUUCAAAACUAUUAAUAAUAGUAAACUUUACAAGCAUAUUUUCCUUGCUACUGCAUAAUAUAAUUUUGUAACUUGUAAAUAGCCACUUUACCAGGUUUGUAAUACUUCAUUGGCCUAAUUGUAGGUUUUCUGAUAAGAAUGUUUGGAGGAAAGAUAAUGAUUAUUUUUGUCUUUUAUGCUAGAUUUCCUAUUGUAUAUAAAAGUAAUAAAAAUUAGUUUUCUUGUCAGAUAUUGCUUGUUCCGGAUCAGUUACUUUAAUCAUAACUAAAAGGUUAAAAAUGGAAAGUGUCAGUCAAUGAAGUUGAAAUCAUUUUGAUCAAAAAUUCAUUUUGCAGUACAUUAGGCAAGAAAAGAUAACAAUUGUUUUUGUCUUUUAGGCUUAUAUUUCUUGUUAUAUAUAAAAGUAGUAAAAAUUAGUUUUGUUGUUCAAGGGUUAUAGAAAUGAAGCAGUAAAUAGCUUGAGCCA